AUUCUUCGUAAAUUUCUCGUCUACAGGCAUUUCUCUCUCUCUCUCUAGAUCGGGCUACCUCGGUCCCAUCGAUCAAUACCAGAUUUGCCAGUACCUCUCUAAAACCACAUAAAUAAGCAAACUCGCACUCACAAGUCACAACAGAACAUACGAACUGGGUUUUGGAAGGGGGAGACUUGAGAAACAGAGAGAUGCUGAACGUCUCCUGCAAUGUGAGCAAUGGUCAGAUUCACGCCCUAGCCCAAUGCGCUUUUCUGGGUCGUUGUACUUCCACUCUCCGGAUAAACGACGCCAUUUGGUGCCGGCCACUUCGUAAACCUCCGGUUCUGGUCCGGGCUGUCUUGUCGGAGCGGGGUGGAGCAGGAAGCUCCAGCGGGGUCUUGGGGUCGGACAGGGUGGUCGGAUCCGGGUCCGCGAGCCUGGGGGACCGGUUGAGGCUGGGAAGCUUGACGGAGGACGGGUUGUCUUAUAAGGAGAGGUUCAUAGUGAGGUGCUAUGAGGUUGGGAUUAACAAAACCGCUACAGUUGAAACCAUUGCCAAUCUCUUGCAGGAAGUUGGAUGCAACCAUGCUCAAAAUGUAGGAUUUUCCACAGAUGGUUUUGCGACGACCCCCACCAUGAGGAAAAUGCAUCUCAUAUGGGUGACUGCUCGCAUGCACAUUGAAAUCUACAGAUACCCUGCUUGGAGUGAUGUAGUUGAAAUUGAAACUUGGUGCCAAGGGGAUGGAAGAAUUGGAACUAGACGUGAUUGGAUAAUCAAGGACUAUGCUACCGAUCAAGUAAUUGGAAGAGCAACAAGCAAGUGGGUUAUGAUGAACCAAGAAACCAGACGACUUCAGAAAGUUAGCGAUGAUGUCCGGGAAGAGUAUUUAGUUUAUUGCCCACGUGAACUCAGAUUAGCAAUUCCAGAGGAGAAUAGUACUAGCUUGAAAAAAAUACCAAAACUGGAAGAUCCUGCUCAGAAUUCUAAAGUGGGACUUGUGCCUAGACGAUCUGAUCUGGACAUGAACCAGCAUGUUAAUAACGUCACCUACAUUGGAUGGGUUCUAGAGAGCAUGCCACAAGAAGUCAUUGAUAGCCAUGAACUGCAAACCAUUACCCUAGAUUACAGACGGGAGUGCCAACAUGAUGACCUAGUUGAUUCACUUACCACUGUGGAACCAGUUGUGGAUGCUACAGCAGUUUCUGAGCUUCAAGAAAAAAAUGGGUCUGCUGAUGUAAAGGAAUACAAAGAAGAUUUGCCUCAGUUUUUACAUUUAUUGAGAUUGUCAGGUGAUGGGCUUGAAAUUAACCGAGGACGCACUGUGUGGAGAAAGAAACCUGCCAGAUGAUUUAAUUUGGUCGGCUCCACCUUUUCUAGAUCUCAAAGUUUUUCAUGUUCUGUCGUCAUGUUUUCCCCUUUUCUGCUCCAAAGGAAUUUUGCUCCAACAUAAUAAUUAUCAUAUUUAAUGGCUCUUCGUGUAAAAAA